ACAUUGCAACAAUCAAACUUGAUUAGCAAGUGAAACGCAUCUUUUGCUAAAAAGCAUCUUAAAAAAAAACAAACGUGUCAAUGAAUCGAUCAUGACGGAUUGGUAUCGAGAAAAGAUUUCGCGCUUGUGCGAAUUGAAUAACGCGGAGGAAAAGAGGGAGGUUUUGACGGACAUCAAAAUCAAAUUCAAUAACUUAAACAAUCGAGAUGCCGAACAAAUUGCUAGGAAUUUGGACUAUAGACCAUUCUAUUUACAGUUAACCUGUAACGAUAGAGAAAUAGUAGAGCAGAUAUGUGACGUUCUGGCCAUUCUGUUCAAUGUACUCGAACCUGGAGAAAUUUAUCAAAGAUACUUGGAUGAAUUUUUGACCUUGUUAACUAAUUCAAAUGCUAGCGUGAGAUUGCUCGUGUUACAUGAAUAUUUGCGUACAGCUUCGUAUCCGGAAAAACUUUCUCAAUUACUGGAAACCACUCUUCUAAUCUCGAUUAUAGAUCGAAUUGGCGACAACGAUUUAACGGUUGCCGAAUGCGCUAUGAGUUUAGUAGAAAAAAUUGGAAAAACUCCAAACGGUUUACAUGUUCUCUACAAAGGUGAACCUCUGAAAGCAUUCGCUAGGUUGUUGCAGAAAAAUACCAUUAGUUUUCGCGUUUACGAAGUUAUCGUGAACAUAGCCAAAAUGUCAAGAGAAGCUUUAGAAAUAUCAGCUCAAUCAGGUUUUUUGACCAGUUUAAUCGAUUUGUUGGAAAACGAGGAUAUACUGCUUCAGUUAAACGCCUUGGAGAUACUGACUCAAUUAGCUAUAUUCGAAGAAGGUCUUAGUUAUUUAGAACAGCAAGAAGUAUUGAGCAAAUUAGUUCAAAAGAUAGCUCAAGCCAAUGAGAAUCCUUUAUCAAAUCUACUGAUUCCCGGAUUAAUGAAAUUCUUUGGUAACGUCGCACGUCAUUGGCCCAGCGAAUUAUUUCUCAGAUAUCCCGUAAUAAUAUCCGCGCUAUUUGAGGUGAUAGACAGCGGAGAUCAGAAUAUCAUGGGAACAGCAUUGGACACAUUGGGAUUUGUAUCCGCGAGCGUUGAAGGUAAAUACGCGCUACAAGCUCUAGGGGACACAAUGAUCAGCGCUAUGAAGAAAAUCGCCGAAAUAGUGCAGAGAAUGCCUACCACUUUGAGAAUUCGCGGCCUGAAUAACUUAGCUCUUAUACUCGAAGUACAAGAAGUCAACCAAGAUAACAGGAUUUUGUCCCUGACAAAGCUGUGGUUCGACUCGAUGUGCGACGAUUCUUUGGGUAUGAUCGCGGCGAUAUGCAGACAACCGUUUGCAGAUAUCAGACAAGCUGGUUUAGAAGUACUAGCAGUCAUCGCCUCGCAAGUCUGGGGACAAGAGUACAUAUCUAAUUAUCCAGGAUUGACAGAGUUCCUCUUAGAUAGAAAUAUCGAAUCGUUUAAAGAGUGCAAAGACGCGAAAUACGAAAUCGUCAAGCGUCUGUCUCAGGCGGAGCGAGAUAUAUUCGAUGCGGAUACUAUGCAGAAAUUCAAGCAAUUUGUCAGCGAGGGUCCGUAUUUCAUUGACGUCAAUACAGAAGUAGCGAUAGAGGGAGCUUUGUAAAAACACAAAAGACAUUUGAUUUAUUUCCGCGCAUUAUAUUAUAUUCAAUAUUUAUAUCGUAUAAAUACAUGUA